GUGUGUGUGUGUGUGUGUGUGUGUGUGUGCGUGUGUGUGUGUGAGAGAGAGGAGGGGGGAUACAAGGGAAUUCGCAGUUGAUGCAAAAGCUGCUAGCUCAUGUCCGUGCUGGCUCGGUUCCGUGUAACACUCACUGCGGUAAACAAGACGGUAUAUCGGUUCAUUUAGAUCUUCACUGGGGAUGAAAGGGUGCUGCAGACGGACAUUAUAAAGGACACGGCGCAAACCAGCAAGAUGAAGCACGAAUGAGAUUCUUAGGAUGUCUUUCAAGAAGGAGACUCCUCUUGCCAACGCUGUGUUUUGGGCAGCAAGGAAAGGAAACUUGGCUUUGCUUCAGCUGUUGUUGAACAGCGGCCGAGUGGAUGUAGACUGCAAAGAUGGUCAGUAUGGCACCACUGCGUUAAUGGUGGCAUCAUACAGUGGGCAUUAUGAGUGUGUUCGGGAACUCAUCAUGCAAGGUGCAGAUAUUAAUCUGCAAAGAGAGACAGGUUCCACCGCCCUCUUCUUUGCUUCACAACAGGGCCAUAAUGAAAUUGUCAAGCUCCUGUUUGAAUUUGGAGCGUCCACUGAGUUUCGGACAAAGGAUGGCGGCACAGCACUCUCCGCAGCCUGUCAGUAUGGUCACUCGACAGUGGUGGACACCCUACUGAAGAACGGCGCCAAUGUCCACGACCAGCUCAAUGAUGGUGCGACAGCCUUAUUUUUGGCUUCCCAAGAGGGUCAUGUGACUGUAAUACGUCAGCUUAUGUCUUCUGGGGCUAAAGUCAAUCAACCUCGAGAGGAUGGCACAGCUCCGCUCUGGAUGGCAGCCCAGAUGGGACAUAGUGAGGUGGUGAAAGUUCUGCUGCUACGAGGUGCGGACCGUGAUGCAGAUAGAAAAGAUGGCUCCACGGCUCUGUUCAAGGCUGCACAUAAAGGAUACUGUAACGUCAUUGAGGAACUGCUCAAGUUCUCCCCUUCACUUGGCCUUCUGAAGAACGGUUCUACAGCUCUUCAUGCAGCCGUCAUGGGCGGGAAUCCGAAAACAGUUGCACUGUUGCUGAAGGCAAAUGCCGAUCCAGCUUUACCCAACAAAAACAAUGAACUGCCGGAGGAUCUUACGAGGAACGAGCGCAUCCUAAGAAUCCUGCGACUGCCGAUGCUGAAUGGAGGGAGUUGAUGACUGCUGUGUUUGUUUUUAAGUCCAUGACAAAUGAAUGCACUACAUCUCAGUCCCUUGAGGCUGAAAACAGCAGUCGCUGCCUGCAACAGCUUUCCAGUCUCGUACAGCGGAUGCUUGAAGCUUCAGAUCAACAACACAAAUGCACUGAAAAUCAGAAUUGCUUAUUCUUUAUCCUGGAAAUGUUAUGACAUACUGUAAUAUUGUCGUUGGCUUAUGUUUUCAUUCUAAAGCAUUUAUCAAAGGUGCUCUAUGUAAUUUUUUUGACUGUACAAAAAAGAAUAAAAAUACUAUAAUAUGUUUGCAGAGAUGUAGGAAACAUGUUAAGUUCAAAUACUUGUUUCUCAGAAAAACAAUGCUACAGCCUGUUAUUCGUGUCGGGAUGUCGGUUUUUGUUUUGGUCAGUGUGAUCCCGCCCGCUGCCAGUUUACACGCCGGGUUGCCAGUUCUCGGAAAACACAGCGAUGAAAGCAAGAAAACGAACUGGGUCAGACAUCGCAAAUUCUACCCGAGCUAAAAAGCCUCUUCAAUAAUAAUAAAAAAAAAACAUUGCAAACGAAAACAUUAGCUGAGAAAAGUAUAAGCCUACUGCAAGGCUCGUCGCUUUCUAUUGUCAGUUAUGCUCGUUUCUGUUGUGUGUGCUCAAAUCUGGCAACCCAUGUGAUCGUCGAGUCUGAGGGAACGAGAAAAAUCUGUAGUACCUUGUUCAACCGCUAGCUAUCAAUAUUGAUUAGUGUACCUUUAAAUUUGCAUAUUUUAUAAGAAGCAGCAGUUUGUGCUCAUUUAAAAUAUAUAUUUUAGUAUUGUUAGAAUGUCUUUUAGCCUGCAAGUGUAUUUUAAUUUAUAGCAUGUUUUCAAUGAAAGAGCUCAUGAAUCACGAGUCACAACCAAACAAAAAGCUCAAUAUUUACAAGAUAAAAAAUAAUUAUUGGCUCUUUGAUGAGCAGCUUUUUUUUUUUUUUUUUUUUUUGUAAUGUUUAUUUUCUGCUGAAAUGCAUUUUGGACUUUACAUAGAGAGAGAGAGA